UAGUUAAUGUGUUGCUAGACUCUAGUUAGGAAGCCAAGCCGUGUCGGUAUCAGUCGAGCAAGCAUAUAGCAUCCCUCCUGCAGUGGGAUGCUGCAGCAUCACAAAAUUUGCAUGAGGAAUUCUGCAUCUGCAUCUCGGAAUCCCACACUUUUUGGGUGUUUGCACAGGAAACAAGUUGAGCUAUGUUUUAGGUUUAGGAAAUGUUCUGCUCCCAGCAUCAAUAAAUUACCAGUCUAAGCAGAAUUAGAAUCAAACAGAAAGUUAUAAUGAUUAUUUAUGUGUUAGCUCAUAAGCCACUGUGAUGAGUCAAACUGAAUCUUCAAUGCAUACUCUCAUAUCACAUUGUUUACCAUUCGAUGAGUAACGUCAGCAAUCAAAUGCCAAAGCCGAACAUAUAUAAAUGUGACAUACUCUAUAAUAAUUUGAGCCCCAUAAUUUUAGCAUUGAUAUUAGGGCAUAUGAAUGUCAUGAGUCCUGAACUCAAGGGAUACCAAUCCCACAAGGAAAUCAAUGUACACAGGUAGCUUCUUAUAGUACACCAAAACCAUACAUUUGAAAUUUGCAAACCCAAAGGUGAAGCCUAGGCCUAUUUCUGCAUGCACUUCUUCCUUGUGCAACUCAUAACCUUGCACUGCCAUGGGCCCCUUUUGGAGCUUCAUUCCAUCCUAUCCAGAGGUCUUCCUAGCAAUCAUCUGCUUUUUCGGGCUUUCCAUCUUCCGCCUCAUCAGACAGAGCCAGAAGAGCAGCCUCCCGCUGAACUGGCCUGUUGUUCGGAUGCUUCCCUUCCUCGUGGUGAAUCGACACUGCAUUCAUGACAAGGUUGCGGAUCUGCUACGUGAGGCUGGGUGCACGUUCAUGUUCUUGGGUCCAUGGUUGCUGGACAUGAAUAUCUUGAUAACCUGUGAUCCAGCCACAGUCAACCACUGCCUUAACACCCACUUCGAGAAGUAUCCAAAAGGUAGAGAAUUUGCUGAGAUGUUUGACAUUCUUGGUGAUGGGCUCCUUGUGGCAGACUCUGAUUCCUGGGAGUAUCAGCGCCGUGUGGCGACAACCAUCUUUGGCGCCCGUACAUUUCGGUCUUUUGCGAUGUCCAUAAUCGCAAGGAAGGUCGGUACUGUCUUGCUACCUUACCUUGACCACAUGGCUAAGCAGAGUUCGGAGGUUGAGCUGGAGGGUGUUUUCAUGAGGCUCUCGCUCGAUGUCUCGUACUCUAUGGUGUUUGCAGCUGAUCUUGACGCCUUAUCAGUGUCUUCUCCAAUGCCUGUGUUUGGCCGUGCCACAAAGGAGGCAGAGGAGGCAAUGCUGUUCAGACACCUUGUUCCAUCGAGGUUGUGGAAGCUCUUGAGGUGGCUCAAUGUUGGGAAAGAGAAAAAACUUGCGGAUGCAAAGGUGGUGGUCAAUCAGUUCAUCUAUGAGGAGAUCGCCAAACGGAAGGCGCAGGAGAGCAAUGGGAGCCAGGCAGAUAUACUCUCCAUGUACAUGAAAGUGACCUUGGAUGCCAGCAUGAGUGAGCAGCAGAAGACCCAGUUCCUGCGUGACACUGCGGUGGGGUUCAUCCUCGCUGGGAAGGACCUUAUUGCCGUCACGCUCACAUGGUUCUUCUACAUGAUGUGCAAGCACCCGAAUGUCGAGGCAAGGAUACUCGAGGAGCUUAAGGGCCUCAAGAGCAGUACCUGGCCUGGGGACUUCUCAGUCUUUGAGUGCGACGAACUGCGAUCUGCCAUUUACCUCCAAGCUGCACUCCUUGAGACACUCAGGCUUUUUCCUGCAACACCAUUUGAGGAGAAGGAGGCUCAUGUUGAUGACGUCCUACCAAACGGCACCAAGGUGACCAAGGGCACAAGAGUCAUCUUCUCGCUCUAUGCAAUGGGGAGGAUCAAAGGGAUAUGGGGCAAGGACUGCAUGGAGUUUAGGCCAGAGAGGUGGAUAUCCAAGAGUGGCCGCCUCCGGCACGAACCGAGCUACAAGUUCCUGUCCUUCAACUCGGGGCCCCGGAGCUGCAUUGGAAAGGACCUCGGUCUCAGCAACAUGAAGAUGACAGCUGCCUCCAUCAUACACAACUUCAUGGUCGAUCUGGUCGACGACCACGCUGUGAUGCCACAGAGCUCCGUCAUACUGCACACGCAGAACGGGAUGAUGGUUAGGCUCAAGAGAAGGGCGGCAGGUUGAUGCUUCCUAUCACUUAGUUCUUGCUUUAUGGGGUUUUGUUCCCGUUUAUGCAACAAUAUGCAUUGGAAUACUUAAAAGUUUGCACCCAUGAAUUUGGAGUUGUUUUGAAAUGGGGACACUUGAUAGGAACGCAAUUGUGCGGUAACAGGUGUCAGUGGUAGUAACAUAAUUGUAUGGUUACUGUUGUUGGUGUCUAAUACCCUUUUACUUGAUUCUAUGUAAAUUCUAGAUCUGUUAAGUUACAAUGUAUCUUAUAUUCCUAUCUCAAUGUCUGUGUGUAGUGUA